CGCUGAUGAGUCGUCUGUCCACCGCGAUGCCGCUAUGGGAAAGCUCGGACUCCUUCUGCCCCAUGGACCCUUUCAGUGUGUGUUAAAUGCCACCAGGAGGACAUGUCCGAGAGUUCCUCAGGAGUGAACACCAGCAGUGGCAGCUUCCCCAAAUCUCACUCCUCUCACUACUCUGAGCUCAGCGACACUCACACUCCUCUCUCCGUGGAACACACCCCCGACUCCGGCAUCGUCGCCACUCCGCUGCCAUCCAGCCGCUUCAGGUUCACCUCGUGGCAUCGCCUGGAGGAACAUGAUGUCCGUGGAGACCAGCUCACCUGCCCCAGGGUCCGAGAAGGACCUUCAGAAGAUGAACAUUCUCUUAGGGACGAUGACAUCUUUCUCAGGAAUGGCAGGAGGAGGAGAGAGGAUGAAGAGCAGAGGUGGGAGGAAAGGCUGCAGGAGAACUGGGAGAACUGUGUGGAGCUGAACCUGUCCUAUCAGGACCUGGGAGACCCGUACCAGCUGGAGAAUUUCACACGCAUCCUGAGGAGGCUGAUCAGAGUGGAGCGGCUCCAGCUGGUGGACAACACCCUGCAGGACCUCAGCUCAGUCCGACUGCCAAGAUGUAAAAGCCUGAAUCUGCACCGGAACCACUUGACGUCAUUCAGUCAGCUGCCAAAGGUUCCGGAGAUCCAGCACCUGUGCCUGUCGGAGAACAGCAUCUCCAGCCUGGGGGAGCUGAGCCUGCUGCAGACCACAAGCAUACAGUCCCUCACACUCAGACUCAACCCCUGUGAGUUCCUGGAGGACUACCGCUCACGUGUGUUCUCCUGUUUGCCAAAACUCAAAGUUCUGGAUGGCAUCCCAAAGCUACCAGAAGACUCCGUGCCUCCGAAACUCCCAGCAUCCUCCAGGCUCUGCAUCAUUCUGUAACAUCAGCAGGGUCACGAGCUGUCCACCACAAGCCAUCAUCAGAUCUGCUGUACUGUACCGGAGAUGGAGGUUUUCUUUUUGAAAUGCACUGUUUGUACAGAAUCUGCUGAGGCAAAUUAAAGCAUUGCUAUUUUUUGUAUUGUACUGGCUUCGUCUUAUUCCUGUUCAAAAUUCCAAUUUGUCAAAAAUGUAAUUGCAGAAAAUAUAUCACUGAAAAACUGCAAUAUGCUUGGAAAUCAUAACUCAUUCACCUUCCAUACCAUGGCGUAUUUGUGAUUAUACAACCGUUAGUUCAGGUUGCACAGUCUGGUUGACAAGCGUUCUGGUUUCCAUCACAAAUAACAGCACAUUUUUUAACCACAUAAUAUUUGACCUGCAGUUCAUUUGGUCACUUCCUGAAGAAGAAAGUGACCACAGGACUGCAACAAACUUUAAACCCAUCAUUAGCCACAUUUACAUGCAGCAACAUCUCAGUCGGAGUAGUCUAAUCUGAUUGAGGCCAAUCGGAAUAUAAUUUCUAUCUGAUUGAACAAGGUGGGUAAUCCUGUAAAUAAUAACCCGUUAAAUAGAAGAAUAAUAUCCGUGUAAAUGCCUGUUUGUGAUUACAUUCCCUAAAGGAAAGUUUAAGUCCGUUCUGCAUGUGCGUCGCGUCAUAGUGAAAGAUUAUAACGUCCAACAUGUCGGGGCAGAAACUGGUCUGUAGAGGAGAUGAAGUUUAUGCUCUAAUCUUUAAAAGACGGCGGUGUGAUGGAUGUCCAGCUUAUGUGUCUCAGAAGACGACGUCUUCCUGUUGGCUGUCUUUAAUAAGGACAUGUGAAGGACAUUUCUAACAUCAUUUUAAAGCAAUUAAAAGCACAAGCACUGCUCACUGCUGCUCAUCUCACUCUGACUGGACUGACAUGAUGCUGGUUCUCAUGGUAAUGUCUACGUUAAGGGGUUCUCUACACGUGUGUAAUUUUAGAUCUGAUUUCUUGUAGUGAGCAUGUAAACAUUGAGAUUUUCAUCAGAUUGUUGAGUGAAUACAAACACCUCAGUCUUAGUCUGUAAUCAGAAUGUAUUCAAUUGUAUUAGCAAAAAUCUUUGCAUGUAAACACAGACAUUCAUUUGGCAAAAGUCUCAAUAUUUAGUUUGGGCUGGAACAAACUGUAAAUAAUACUAGAUGGCAAUAAACAGAUGUGGGUUUUUGGAAGAAUGACUCUGUUAACUGGCUUAUUAUACAGCUUAUACACUUUUAAUACCAAUGGCCAUGAUAAACUACCACUAUAAUUUAGUCAGUAACAACCAAUAUGACAUUUAAUUGUUAUCGUGAUAAAUUAUAGCGAAAUAUGCCAUCGUGGAUAUCGUCACUGUUUAAAGAACACUAAUGCUUCGUUAGAAAGUGAGCAGACGUAGGACUGUUUAAUUGGUUUUAGGCACUACAGGUUCUGUUUUAUCUGUUGCAACUUGAAAACUAAAUAUGAUAAUACAUAUGUAUCUUGUGUUUUGAAUGUUUUGAAGUAUUGCGAUAUAACAAAUGUGCUAUAUCACACAGCCCUAGUAACAACUAUGAAGUAUUACAACUACUGUGUAUUGUGCAGUCUCUGUACUGCAUGUACUACUAUAAAUACAUUAGUAACUACUAUGAAUUAUUCAGUAUCCAAUUUGAAAUUAUUCAGUAUCUACCACAAAUGAUUUAGUAUCUACUUUCACUUCAUGUAUCUACGUUUAUAUAUAUAUAACAAAUAGAGAUGCAUGGCUUAUCAGCCUUAUACUAUUUACAUUCAAUCAUUUGAUAGAGAUGUGUGAUCCUGCAUGUGCCACAACAUCUUACCAUUCAUAGCCUCUCUCACCCCGUAACGGCCGCUUCAUCCUUUCAGCAGUGCUUCAUUAAUUCAUAUGUACCUCAGGGUUGUGUUUUAAAUUUGGUGUCGAUUUCAGCUCCACCGAAACCUGAGCUGAGGAGCCGGGACACUUCAGGACAGUGAGGAGAGAGACAGAGAGAGAGGGACAGCAGAAGAGACAGAGGAGAAAAGAGAUAGAGAGGAGGAAAGACAUGAGAGACAGAAGAGAGCAUGCACUGUUGGAAAUGAAGGUUCUGUUCAGGUACAUUUUUCAUUCGUUAAGGUACAAACAAUGUAAAUGUUCCCUCAAAAGGUACUACAGUUGGUUUUUGAGGUCUGACUGUGAACCUUAAAGAAGUUUCUCCAGAUGAAAAGUUUGUACUUGUACCUUUUCAUAACCAAAUGUUUUAAAACAGAACAGUAGAAUAAAAGCCUGGAGGCGAGACGGGUGUGUGUGGAGUCAGUACAGCUUAGUAAAUGUAAUUUCAGUGGAUUAUGGUUCAGUUACGUUUCCUGACUAAAGGUACUGAGAUGUAUAUUGGCAUCGGACCGCAGUCCGAGUGCAGACCAAGAUGCUGUCCUGGACCUAUAAUCAAUAAACUAUGGAAAAUUAUUUAA